AUGUCUAACAAGGUAUACUUUGACGUCGAAGCCGACGGCCAAGCUUUAGGUCGUAUCACUUUCCAAUUGUACAAUGACGUUGUACCAAAGACUGCUGAAAAUUUCAGAGCCUUAUGUACCGGUGAAAAGGGGUUCGGUUACGCUGGAUCUCCAUUCCACAGAGUUAUCCCAGAUUUCAUGUUGCAAGGUGGUGAUUUCACCGCCGGUAAUGGUACCGGUGGUAAGUCCAUCUACGGUGGCAAGUUCCCUGAUGAAAAUUUCGUCAAGAAGCACGACAGACCUGGUUUGUUGUCCAUGGCUAACGCUGGUCCAAACACUAACGGUUCUCAAUUCUUCGUCACUACCGUCCCAUGUCCAUGGUUAGAUGGUAAGCAUGUCGUCUUCGGUGAAGUCACUGACGGUUACGACAUUGUUAAGAAGAUUGAAACUAUGGGUUCCCCAUCCGGUGCCACUAGAGCUAGAAUUGUCAUCGCCAAGUCUGGUCAAUUAUAA